GCACGGGGCGCGGCGGCGGGGGCGCGCGAGUGGGGCCGGUGUGGGGCUCGGGGUGCGCGUCCACGUGGCUGGCAGGCGGCCACCCGGAGCCAGCGGCGGUGGAGGGACAGGUAGGUAGGUGGCCUCCAUUUCCCGCCGCCCGCUCAGAGCCAAGCGGCUCAGCGGCCCAGGGCUCGGCCGGCUGGGUGUUGAAGGGGUCAGGCCCUGCCUCUGUCUCGCAUCUCGGGCGCCGGCCUGACUGGUCCUGCGGGCCCAGCGCCAGCAAGGACCGCCCGUCUGAGCCCAGCUCCCCUGCCCUAUGGGGACCCUUUGUGGCUGAGGAGCGACCCCUCCAAGGACUGCUGCGGCGCCUCCAUCCACUAGGCCUGUCCCUGGGUGCAGCUGCCAGCCAUGCCUGCUGUUGGCCUCCUCCUGCUGUUCCUGCCUGCCGUGGCGGGGGCCGUGGGUGGCAGCAGGACCUUCCCUGCCUUCUUGGUGACGGACACUACGCUCACCCACCUGGCGGUGCACCGGGUGACUGGGGAGGUGUUUGUGGGUGCGGUGAACCGCGUCUUCAAGCUGGCUCCGAACCUGACCGAGCUGCGCGCCCACGUCACGGGGCCGGUGGAGGACAAUGCCCGCUGUUACCCGCCCCCCAGCAUGCGCGCAUGCGCGCACCGCCUGGCGCCCGCGGACAACGUGAACAAGCUGCUGCUCGUGGACUACGCGGCCCGCCGCCUGGUGGCCUGCGGCAGCGUGUGGCAGGGCGUCUGCCAGUUCCUGCGCCUGGACGACCUCUUCAAGCUGGGCGAGCCCCACCACCGCAAGGAGCACUACCUGUCGGGGGCUCAGGAGCCGGACUCUAUGGCUGGCGUCAUCGUGGAGCAGGACCAGGGGCCCAGCAAGCUGUUCGUGGGCACCGCGGUGGACGGCAAGUCCGAGUACUUCCCCACCCUCAGCUCCCGCAAGCUCAUCAGCGACGAGGACAGCAGUGACAUGUUCAGUCUGGUAUACCAGGACGAGUUCGUGUCCUCGCAGAUCAAGAUCCCCUCAGACACGCUGUCCUCGUACCCCGCCUUCGACAUCUACUACAUCUACGGCUUCGUGAGCGCCUCCUUCGUGUACUUCCUGACGCUGCAGCUGGACACGCAGCAGACGCUGCUGGACGCGGCAGGCGAGAAGUUCUUCACGUCCAAGAUUGUGCGCAUGUGUGCCGGGGACUCGGAGUUCUACUCGUAUGUGGAGUUCCCCAUCGGCUGCUCCUGGCGAGGCGUGGAGUACCGCCUGGUGCAGAGCGCCCACCUGGCCAAGCCCGGCCUGCUGCUGGCCCAGGCCCUGGGUGUGCCGCCUGAUGAGGACGUGCUCUUCACCGUCUUCUCCCAGGGCCAGAAGAACCGGGCCAGCCCCCCGCGGCAGACUGUGCUCUGCCUCUUCACCCUCAGCACCAUCAACGCCCACAUCCGGCGCCGCAUCCAGUCCUGCUACCGUGGGGAGGGCACGCUGGCCCUGCCCUGGCUGCUCAACAAGGAGCUGCCCUGCAUCAAUACGCCCAUGCAGAUAAAUGGAAACUUCUGUGGGCUGGUGCUGAACCAGCCCCUGGGGGGCCUGCACGUGAUCGAGGGGCUGCCUCUGUUGGCUGACAGCAGCGAUGGCAUGGCCAGCGUGGCUGCCUACACCUACCGCCAGCACUCCGUGGUCUUCAUCGGCACGCGCACUGGCAGUCUGAAGAAGGUCCGGGUUGAUGGCUCCCAGUACGCCCACCUCUACGAGACAGUGCCUGUGGUGGAUGGCAGCCCCAUACUCCGGGACCUGCUCUUCAGCCCUGAUCACCGGCACAUCUACCUCCUGAGUGAGAAGCAGGUGAGCCAGCUCCCAGUGGAGACCUGUGAGCAGUAUGGGAGCUGUGCGGCCUGCCUUGGCUCAGGGGACCCCCACUGUGGCUGGUGUGUGCUGCAGCACAGGGCCCUCUGGGGCGGCUGCAUCACAGGCUCUGGCCUGAUCCCACGCAGAUGCUGCCGCGAAGGGGCUUGUCCGGGUGCCUCAGCCCCACACGGCUUUGCUGAGGAGCUGAGCAAGUGUGUCCAGGUGCGGGUCCGGCCCAACAACGUUUCAGUGACCUCCCCCGGGGUGCAGUUGACUGUGGCCAUGCGCAACGUGCCAGACCUCAGCGUGGGCGUGAGCUGUGCCUUUGAGGAGGUGACAGAGAGCGAGGCCGUCCCGCUGCCCUCGGGGGAGCUGCGGUGCCCCUCGCCCUCCCUCCAGGAGCUCCGGGCUCUCACCCGCGGGCAUGGGGCUACCCGCACCGUGCGGCUGCAGCUGCUGUCCAGGGAGACGGGGGUCAAGUUCGCCGGGGUCGACUUCGUCUUCUACAACUGCAGCGCACUCCAGUCGUGCGUGUCCUGCGUGGGCAGCCCCUACCCCUGCCACUGGUGUAAGUACCGCCACGUGUGUACCAGUCACCCCCACGAGUGCUCCUUCCAGGAGGGCAGGGUCCACAGCCCUGAGGGCUGCCCUGAGAUCCUGCCCAGCGGGGACCUCUUGAUCCCAGUGGGUGUCAUGCAGCCUCUUACCCUGCGGGCCAAGAACCUGCCGCAGCCACAGUCCGGCCAGAAGAACUACGAGUGCGUGGUCCGGGUGCAGGGGCGCCAGCAGCGGGUGCCAGCCGUGCGCUUCAACAGCAGCAGCGUGCAGUGCCAGAAUGCCUCGUACUCUUAUGACGGUGACGAGUAUGGUGACACGGAGCUGGACUUCUCUGUGGUCUGGGAUGGAGAUUUUCCUAUCGACAAGCCUGCCACCUUCCGAGCUCUCCUGUAUAAGUGCUGGGCGCAGCGGCCCAGCUGCGGCCUCUGCCUCAAGGCUGACCCUCGCUUCAACUGUGGCUGGUGCAUCUCGGAGCACAGGUGCCAGCUGCGGGCCCACUGCCCGGCCCCCAAGACCAACUGGAUGCACCCGAGCCAGAAGGGCACCCGCUGCAGCCACCCCCGCAUUGCCCAGAUCCACCCACUCAUGGGGCCCAAGGAGGGAGGCACCCGGGUCACCAUUGUGGGCGAGAACCUGGGCCUCAGCUACCGAGAGGUGGGCCUGCGGGUUGCGGGUGUGCGCUGCAACUCCAUCCCCUCAGAGUAUAUCAGCGCUGAGAGGAUCGUGUGUGAGAUGGAGGAGUCACUGGUGCCCAGCCCGCCGCCCGGGCCCGCUGAGCUCUGCGUGGGUGACUGCUCGGCUGACUUUCGCACGCAGUCUGAGCAGCUCUACAGUUUCGUGACACCAGCGUUUGACCGCGUGAGUCCCAGUCGGGGCCCCGCUUCUGGGGGCACACGGCUCACCAUCUCCGGGAGCUCUCUGGAUGCCGGCAGCAGGGUCACUGUGACCGUGAGAGAUGGCGAGUGCCAGUUUGUGAGGAGGGAUGCCGAGGCCAUCGUGUGCAUCUCCCCCGUGUCCACUCUGGGCCCCAGCCAGGCCCCCAUCACCCUGGCCAUCGACCGUGCUAACAUCUCCAGCCCUGGAGUCCUCUACACCUACACCCAGGACCCCACUGUCACUCGCCUUGAGCCCACCUGGAGCAUAAUCAAUGGAAGCACUGCCAUCACUGUGAGUGGGACCCACCUACUGACAGUCCAGGAGCCCCGGGUCCGGGCUAAGUACCGAGGCAUCGAGACCACCAAUACUUGCCAGGUGAUCAACGACACUGCCAUGCUGUGUAAGGCCCCCGGCAUCUUCUUGGGACGGCCGCAACCCCAGGUCCAGGGAGAACAUCCCGAUGAGUUCGGCUUUUUGCUGGACCAUGUGCAGACGGCUCGCUCCCUCAAUCGGUCCUCCUUCACUUACUACCCGGACCCCAGCUUUGAGCCCCUCGGGCCCUCUGGCGUCCUGGAUGUCAAACCCGGCUCCCACGUAGUGUUGAAGGGCAAGAAUCUGAUCCCUGCAGCGGCGGGCACCUCUCGCCUCAACUACACGGUGCUGAUCGGGGGCCAGCCGUGCGCGCUCACUGUCUCCGACACGCAGCUCCUAUGUGACUCUCCGCGCCAGACAGGCCGGCAACCUGUCAUGGUCCUGGUGGGCGGCCUGGAGUUCUGGCUGGGUACCCUGCACAUCACGGCCGAGCGGGCGCUCACCCUGCCGGCCAUGGUGGGCCUGGCGGCGGGCGGCGGGCUCUUGCUGCUGGCCAUCACUGCCGUGCUGGUGGCCUACAAGCGCAAGACCCAGGACGCAGACCGCACGCUCAAGCGGCUUCAGCUGCAGAUGGACAACCUGGAGUCCCGCGUGGCUCUGGAGUGCAAGGAAGCCUUCGCGGAGCUGCAGACGGAUAUCAACGAGCUGACCAGCCACAUGGAUGGCGUGCAGAUCCCGUUCCUGGACUACCGGACGUACGCCGUGCGCGUGCUCUUUCCGGGCAUUGAGGCCCAUCCAGUGCUCAAGGAGCUGGAUACACCCCCGCACGUCGAGAAGGCCCUGCGCCUCUUCGGGCAGCUACUGCACAGCCGCGCCUUCGUCCUCACCUUCAUUCACACGCUGGAGGCCCAGAGUAGCUUCUCCAUGCGCGACCGUGGCACCGUGGCCUCGCUCACCAUGGUGGUCCUGCAGAGCCGCCUGGAUUACGCCACGGGGCUGCUCAAGCAGCUGCUGGCUGACCUCAUCGAGAAGAACCUGGAGAGCAGGAACCACCCGAAGCUGCUGCUGCGCAGGACCGAGUCGGUGGCCGAGAAGAUGCUUACCAACUGGUUCACGUUCCUGUUGCACAAGUUUCUGAAGGAGUGUGCCGGGGAGCCGCUUUUCCUGCUCUACUGCGCCAUCAAGCAGCAGAUGGAGAAGGGCCCCAUUGAUGCCAUCACGGGCGAGGCCCGCUACUCUCUGAGCGAGGACAAGCUCAUCCGGCAGCAGAUUGACUACAAGACGCUGACCCUGCACUGCUUGUUCCCGGAGAGCGAGGGCAGCACUCAGGUCCCAGUGAAGGUUCUCAACUGUGACAGCAUCACCCAAGCCAAAGAUAAGCUGCUAGACACCGUGUACAAGGGCAUCCCGUACUCCCAGCGCCCCAGAGCUGAGGACAUGGACCUAGAAUGGCGUCAGGGCCGCAUGGCCCGCAUCAUCCUCCAGGAUGAAGAUGUCACCACCAAGAUCGAGUGUGACUGGAAGAGGGUCAACUCGCUGGCCCACUACCAGGUGACAGAUGGUUCCUUGGUGGCACUGGUGCCCAAACAAGUAUCCGCCUACAACAUGGCCAACUCCUUCACCUUUACUCGCUCCCUCAGCCGCUACGAGAGCUUGCUGCGCACGGCCAGUAGCCCCGACAGCCUCCGUUCUCGGGCACCCAUGAUCACGCCCGACCAGGAGACUGGCACCAAGCUGUGGCACCUGGUGAAGAACCAUGACCACGCUGACCACCGGGAGGGGGACCGCGGCAGCAAGAUGGUCUCGGAGAUCUACCUGACGCGACUGCUGGCCACCAAGGGCACGCUGCAGAAGUUUGUGGACGACCUCUUUGAGACGGUAUUCAGCACGGCCCACCGGGGAUCGGCCCUGCCCCUGGCCAUCAAGUACAUGUUCGACUUCCUGGACGAGCAGGCUGACCAGCGCCAGAUCAGUGACCCUGACGUGCGCCAUACCUGGAAGAGCAACUGCCUGCCCCUGCGCUUCUGGGUGAACGUAAUCAAGAACCCCCAGUUCGUGUUCGACAUCCACAAGAGCAGCAUCACGGACGCCUGCCUAUCCGUGGUGGCCCAGACCUUUAUGGACUCGUGCUCCACGUCCGAGCACCGGCUGGGCAAGGACUCCCCGUCCAACAAGCUGCUCUAUGCCAAGGACAUCCCCAACUACAAAAGCUGGGUGGAGAGGUACUACCGGGACAUCGCGAAGAUGGCGUCCAUUAGCGACCAGGACAUGGACGCCUACUUGGUGGAGCAGUCGCGUCUCCAUGCCAGUGACUUCAACAUCUUGAGCGCGCUCAGCGAACUCUACUUCUACGUCACCAAGUACCGCCAGGAGGUUCUCACCGCUCUGGACCGAGAUGCCUCCUGUCGGAAGCACAAGUUACGACAAAAACUGGAACAGAUCAUCAGCCUCGUGUCCAGCAACAGCUGAGGGUGGCGGAACCGGUUGCGGGGCGGGGCGACUCGGUCCUGAGCUGUCCUCCUGGCUGAGCCCUGGAUCCGGGGGGGCAUGGGGGCAGGGCGAGGGGGGUCCCCGGUCCAAUAUGCCCCCAGCACACCUGGGUGCCCCCUUCAUUAGUGCCUUCCUCUGGGCCCUGUGGGGGGGCAGGGGUGACAGGACCAAGCCCCCGACCCCGGCAGCAGCAAUACCCCCGCCCCCUACCCCCCUACCCUCUUGUCCACCCCCCCCCCGCCCCGCUCUCCCCAGCCCUCCUGCCCCUGUGCUGUGGCAGUCCGUGCCGUCCUCGCUAUUUAUACCCCUAACAGCCUAUUUAUUUAAUUUAUCUCCCUCUCGCCACCCCCAUCUGUAACCAUGUGUCCCUUCUCCGGGAUGCUGUCACCCACACACCCCUUCUGUCCUUGAGUCGUCCUGGCUCCUCUGUGACAGCAGCAGCCCUGGCCUGUCCUCGGGCACCUUCCCCCCUGCGCUGUGGCUGGCCCCGCCCAUUCCAAGCGGGGGAGGGGGGAUCUCAGCACCAGCAGCACUUGGGGGCCAGCCGGGGAUAGAGGGAGGGGACGCCCCCACCAGCGCCACCCAUGGACUGUGACGGGGUGGGCCUAGGGUUCUCCCUGCAGCUGAGCCACAGAUCCCCCUCCCACGCAGCUCCAGAGUCAGAUGGGACCUUCUCCUGGCCUCGCUGGCAGCACCAGGACAACUAGAAGCGGGCCUGGGCCCAGGCUGGAGGCGGGCCUGGGGGCUCUGGAACUCUCCUUCUCCCGGCACUACUGCCACAUGUCCUCCGUGCUGUACGCACUUGCCCCAGACCCCUUGCCCUCAGCCACCCUGUCCUGCGCCUGCCCGGCGUGGCCUGGUCACGGCGGCCGUGCCUUACUCCUUGGUUCUUCUUUCUCUGAGGUGAGGGCUCUGGCCCCGUCUCCUGGGCCCCCAAACCCACUUCUCUCCUCUUUUCGGGCAUGAGCUUUCUGUCGUCGCUGUUCAUGGAAUUCUUUUCCUAAUUAAGUGUUGGGAAAAUGGA